GUAAAUGUGUAAUCUCUCUGUGGGUGGGAGCAAAACUGCUUUAAAAGGAACUCAGCACUCCAAAGAGUGAUUGAUGACACAGUCAACACAUCGGUGUAUACAAGCAAACAUGUUGGGACGUAUUGUCUUGGUACUCUGCUUGGCAGCUUUGGUAGGAGCUACUCUCAUCCAUGGUGCCAGAACGCCAAAAUGCUAUAAGUACCAACUACACAGUUGUCCCCGUAAUUACAAGCCUGUGUGUGGUACUGAUGGAGUCACAUACGCCAACGAAUGCAUGCUGUGUUUCACAAAUAUGAAAAACGACGUCAACACGUUAAUCGCCAAGAAGGGUGACUGCUGAGAUGGAUCCACUCUUUUAUGUUCUGUAGAUGUGACAUGAAGGCUGGAACCACACGCUGUUUCCCCUGUUGUGUGUCAUGUUUAAAACAUCUGAAUUCUUUAAUAAAAACUUGCAUAAGUA